AUGCGUCCACUUCCCAUUGCGUUGGCACUAGCAGCAACCGCUGUAAGUGCAGAUGUACAGAUCGUUUGGAAACACGCCAAAGCAUCCACUCAAACCGCACUUAGCGUAUACGACGGCUCAACCCUGCUGGCCCAAAGCUGCUCAAGUUUCAUCUCUGACGCCCCCAGCAGCAUUGACUUUACAGAUGUCGAUGAGAACGGCUUUGGGAACUUUACCGUCGGCGCUAAAAGGUACCUCGUCCACUCCAAGGCAAAGUACUCGGGAGGCCCUAUCUGCACCAAGAAGUUUAGCGCUCAAGCAACCGUUGUUGAGUGUUCUGGACUUGACUGGAAGCCCAACAAGGCAAAGAUCGAGGACAACUGCCAUGACAAGGAUGAGGCUAAGGGUGCUCUCCGGCUCUUGAGCUCCAAGGGUUCGGCAUCGGGCUUUGCAAAGCGCGAGGCUAAUCCUAUCAACGAUCCCCCGGCUUGCUCAGUCUUGACUAGGACGUCCCUAGUUGGCGAUGGCAACCCCCACCAGAAUUAUUUCCACAAGCAGCUUUCGGAAGUUGUAAACUGUGGAACCGCACAGUCCUGCAGCGUUGGAAACUCCCAGUCCGUCUCGUAUACCAUCGGCUGGACCGCUACCCUCACCCCAGUGAGCUGGAUCAGCGGUGGGUUCUCGGUCUCCGAGAGCUGGAACACUGGAAACACCUACACCUGCACCGGUAGCGCUGGCGAGGAUGUUUGCGUCUGGUACAACACCGCCCACACUGCCUAUACCGUGCAGAACAAGGAGCGAGACUCUUGUGCCGUUGGUGGAGGCUGGGACUCGACUGGCGAUCCGUUUGUCAUGUACUCACCAAACGAGUCUAACCGAGGCGGCGGUUACUACUGCGUCAUCGGGACAUGCAGGGCCCAGGGCGACAACUACUGGGAUUACAGCGGCCGCGCGGGUGGUCCUUAG